AUGGGAGUUGAUCCUGAUGAAAGGUUGAUUGCCGAGAUUGAUCGGGAGCUCAUGCAUAGUGAAGUGCACAUCGAUGAUACUUAUGACACAAGUACCGAUGAUGACGAUGCUACGCAAGGAGCAAUUAUUAGAGACUCUAUAGCAUCUAGCAUCGUGUCUGAUAUUGGGCUGAGAGGUUUGACAAUCAUCAAGAAUCUAGAAAAGCAAGAGGGUUCUAAAUGCCACAAGGGUGUUGGGAUGAUAGCAAGGUCUAUUGCAAGUAAAACCAAAGGCAACCAAGCACAUGAUUUUGGAAAGAAAUAUGGGAAGGGUCCAACUAAUGAUACUAUGAAUGGUAGUGGUGCAAUGAAAUCUUGA